AUGUUUUGUUGGUGUUGUAACGUGAUGUUGCGGCGAGUUAAGUUUUAUUCAAUAUGUUUCGCAUUUGGUAUCAGUGUUCUCCUAUUUUUUGUUGGAAAUCGAUAUUAUCCAAAUAAUACUUAUUAUCGUCCGUUUAUUGAAAGCCGGAAAAAUGUAAAAAACUUUUUAAAAGUUGGAAAUGAAGCUUACACGGUACUCAAUAUUCCCAAAAUCUUAUAUGAUGGAUCGCCAGACAUCAAGAUAUUACUCGAGAAAACACGUUCCAUAAUCAAAUACGAGCUGUCUAAGUAUACAUUUUCACAAUUUGGUGCUCAAGCUUUGGAAAACUUAGUAUUAGAGUCCGGGGGACAGCCUUUACGCAGUUUAAUCAUAUCUACAUGGAGGUCUGGUACGACUUUUCUUGGUCAGUUAUUGAAUGCUAUCCCCGGUACUUACUAUCACUAUGAACCACUACUUAAAUAUGGAAUUGUACAAAUAAGGGGGCCACCGGAUGGUGAUAAAGCUAUAGACAAUAUCAAGUCUAUGAUGAAAUGUGAUUAUAAAGAUUUAAAAGAUUAUUUUGAUUUUGGGAAGAAAAAUUUGGAACAGUUUCACCACAACACCAGACUAUGGGACCAUUGUAAACAUAAGAGGAAACUUUGUUAUGAUGCUAACUUCACAUCACGGAUAUGUAAGCUGUUUCCGUUCCAAACCAUGAAGGUUGUAAGAUUGAGGCUGCGACUCAUCCAGGAUGUUUUAAAAGAUAAACAGCUUAAUGUGAAGGUGAUACUGUUGAUCCGUGAUCCUCGAGCUGUAAUGCAAUCCAGACAACACCGUACCUUUUGCCAGACUUCUGCUGACUGUUGGGAUCCUCCACUACUUUGUGCCGACAUGAUCAGUGACUAUGUGGCAGCGGCUCGCAUACAAAAGAAGUAUCCUGACCGACUUAUGGUGUUGCGGUACGAAGAGCUGGCAUUGCAACCUAACGUAACAGCUUAUCGAAUAUUAAAGUUCCUAAAGAUUAGUGCCACGGGAUUACUAGACAAGUUCUUGGUUUUGCACACUAACGUGGAUGUUGCUGGAGUUAGCUCCACGUUUAGAGUAUCGAAGGUGGUGCCUUUCAAAUGGAAGAAUACUCUCAACUUUACUUAUGUGGAUGAAAUACAGAGAGCGUGCCAAGAAGCCAUGUCUCUAUGGGGCUAUAAGAUGGCGAAAAACGAAACCCAUUUGAAAAGCAAAAAUUUCAUGCCCUUGGACAAUUAUACGAUCUCAUAA